UAUUUAAAGUCUUUCUCUCUUGUACUAACUUAUUUUCAGUUUGACCUAAUCAGAUAUUCGAGCAAAAUAAAAUGAAAAUUGCUUUAUUAAGUUUUAUAGUGCUGACUGCAAGUGCUGCAGAUUUCAAUUCAAAACAAGGAAAGAAAGUCACUUCACCUCUUCAAUCACCCAAAAACCAACAUGUUUUGAAUAACAUUUUUCCAGAAUAUUAUUUCCUACCAAAAAUUUAUCGUGGAAGCAGAAUAGCUGGAGGAGAGUUUGCUAAAUUAGGCCAAUUUCCACAUCAAGCACUUAUUCUGACGACCGAUAGCAAUGGAGAUGAUUUUGUCUGUGGAGGAUCAAUUAUUAGUCAUAAUUGGAUUUUAACAGCUGCACAUUGUUUAGAGGAAAUUGCUAGUGUUUCAAUUUAUGUUGGAAUAAUUGAUCGCAUUAAUGGUCCGGCUGUUUGGGGUUUAGAUGUAGAAAGUCAAACAGAUAUGAUUAUACAUGAGAAUUUUGCGUCAUCAAAUUUGGUCAACGACAUUGCUUUGAUUCGCUUAUCAACUACAAUUAAAAGUGAUCCAAACGUUGGAAUUGUUAGUCUCCCUACUAGAUCAGAAGCAAAUAUUUUGCUCGAUGGAAAAUCGGCAACGGUUGCUGGAUUCGGAAGGUAUACCGACACUUCAGGUCCAUCUCAAUUUCUUAGAUGGGUUUUAAGUCCAAUCGUACCGAAUGAGAAUUGUGAAAAGGUUUUUGGAAAAGCAAAUGUUUUAUAUACAAACAUUUGCUUAGAUACUGCUGGUGGAAAAUCAUCAUGUCAAGGAGAUUCUGGCGGUGGAUUAACAGUUGACUUGAAUGGCAGAAAAGUUCUUGUUGGUGUCGUUUCGUAUGGAGCACGGAUAGGAUGUACUCUUGGCCAUCCAGCAGUCUUCACAAGAGUUUCAAAAUAUCUCGACUGGAUUCAAGAAAAAACAUCCAUAAAGAUUUUUUAAUUUUUUUUAAGUUUCUUGUUUAUCUCCUGAAAUUUUUCCUUUCUUUGGGAAAAAACUAAUGGGAGUUUGAUAAAGUGAUAGUUACAAUUAUUAUCAACUAUUAUCAAUAAGUGAAUCAACUAGUGAAAAAUAAUUUAAAAUCUUUCUUAGAUAACUAAUUUCAUUGAAUCACCUGUUUAUUAAUGGAGCUGCUUAAUAAGCAUAAGCUUACUGUUUCCAUUCUAUGUUAAUUUCGGAAAUAUUUGCUAAAUUUCAUAAAAUUUAAAACUAAUCUGUCACUUUCACAUUACAAAAUGAAAAACAAUUAUGUUAAUUUAAAUAUUUCAGAGUUUUAUUUCAAAGAAAUUCUUCGUAGAUGAUUUCAUGGGAAAUUGGCAACAAAAAAUCUUCUUAAUGAAAACAAAACUGUGAAAAAAUUAUGAGAAUUGAAGAAAAUCUAAUAAGUAUGAAGUUAAUAAAUAUUUUGAGACUAAAUAAAUCUUUAAUGCACUUUUAUUGCCUUCAUUUGUAAAAUCUAGUCAAAUAUUGAAACUAUGCAAUUUGAAUUAAUCUAUUUCAAUCAAAUACAUUUUUAAGAUUCUUCUGAUAAUUGG